CGCGGCCCAAGGCUGGGCCCGGCGGCGCCGUCAGGGCCUCGCUGGCUGGGCGCGUCCCGCCGCGGCUCGGCUCCCUCCGCACGCAGAUGAGCGCUGGGGGGGCAUUUGGUGACCGUUCAUCAUUCUCAAUCCUUAAGCCAUGAUCCGGGGUGGUGUGGGCCAGGGGCCCGUGGCGUACAGUCACCCCUCAUCCCGUCGGGGCCCAGCGCGACCCCCCAGCAGGCCUGUGCAGCAGGAGGAGCACACGAAGGAACUGGAGGCGCUGCAGGCCCAGCUGGAGGCCGAGCGUCUCCGCUCCCAGGAGCUGCACCGCCGCUUUGCUGAUGAAAUCUGUGAGAUGAAGAAGACAGCAGAGCAGGAGCGGCAGCUUCUGGCUGAGAAGCUACGCUCCAAAUGGGAGCAGCAACGGGCACGGGAGCUGCAGCAGCUGUGGGAGCUGAGCCAGAAGCAGCGGGCAACAGAGAUCCGUCAGCUGCUGCGUGAGAAGGAGGCCAGGUGGCGCCAGGCACAGGAGUUGCUCCAGCAGCAGCGGGACGACGCCAUCCGCCAGGCGCGGGAGCUGCAGCAGGAGCUGGCCGAGGAGCUGGUGAAGCACGGCUGCAGCAGCAGCAGCGAGGCCCGCAGCAAGCUGCAGGAGGUCCACAGGCAGCUCCAGUGGCGGAAGGACAGCAAGCAGACCGCCCACAUCCUAAACCUGCAAAAUGAACUGGAACUGCAGAGAAAACUCUUCCAGCAGUACAUCCUGGAGCAGGCUGAGGGGCGGCCGCCUGCCUCCCACAGCGAAGACAGGGCUGCAGCCUGGCACCGCCUGCAGACUCGCCUGGGCACAGGGACCACCGGGACCUGCUCUUCGAAGCGCCCCGGUGCAUCUGGUGCUGCUGGUGGAGGAGGGCAGCAGACAACCCACUCCAGCUUAAAAGACGCUCACCUCCAGGGAGAAGGGAAGAGCUGCGGGCGGGCGGUCACAGACGUGGCUGUUCAGGUCGCAGCGCAACAAGAGGCCUGUCCACCUGGCAGUGGAGAGAGCCAGCUGCUGGAGGAGAAAGCUCAUCUGCAGCAUGCCCUGGAGGACCUGCAGAGGCAAUGCAGUGUCCUUCAAGAGGAGACCCGCCUUCUGAGGAAGAAAAGGUCUCUGGAACUGAGGGAGGAGGUGGAGAGGCUCCAGCAGAAGACUAAUAUGCUAGGCCUCCUUACCAAGCACCUGCAAGAAGAAGACAGGCAACUGAAAGAGAUCGCCUUGAAAUCUGGAAAGACUGCUGCAAAGACAGAGCAGGUCGACCAGCAGCAGAGAGGGCAACUGGAAACCGAGGCUGGGAAAAAACUUAGGCCUCACAAGAACCUGGAUCAGGAACGCUCAAGACUGCAGAAAGGGUACGAGGAGCUGAAAGUGCGUCUAACAGAGAUGAUAAAUGAAAAUGCCAGACGCGCAGAAGAAAAUUCUCAGCUCCGUGGGCAGAAGGAGCGGAUAGAGGAGGUUCGAUCUGACAGCGCUGCUCUGAAGGGGAAACUCGUGCAAGUGACAGAGCAGCAAAGUUCUGCCAUGAGAGAGGCCAAACAUCUUCAAACGCGACUGAAAGAUCUGGGUUGUGAACUGAAAGCCAUGAGACAACUGGCAGAACGAAGGCAACAACAGGAGAACGACCUCGAGGAAACAAAGCGACUGCUGCAGACGAAAAAAGAGGAAGUUGAGCAUUUGCAGAGGGCUUGGGCAGAGCAAAGGAGGACACAUGAGGAAGACGCGCAAGUGUCUCAAGCGCAGCUGAGAGAAUUAGAGAAACAGCAUCAGCACCAAAGUCAACAAUGUGAGCUGCUCUCUCAGCAACUUGAGCAAGAAAAAAGAAAAAAAUCCAACCGUAUCGGUUCAGGACUACCACAGGUGACAUCAUCUCCCACAGCACAGGCCUAUGCAGAGCAGUCCCAUGACCUUUGCAACCGUGAAGAGGGCCCUGUGGGUGGGAACGGAGAAUCAGGAGCAGAGGAUGUGUCCUUCAUCCUGCAGUCCUCGGGACAAGAAUCGCUAAAACUUCGAAAAUUUUUAGCUCGAUAUAGCUACGAUCCUUUUGAGGGUCCUAAUGAGCACCCCGAAGAAGAGCUUCCUCUGACUGCGGGAGAAUUCAUUUAUGUCUAUGGAGACAUGGAUGAAGACGGCUGGUUUGUGGGAGAGCUGAUGGAUGGCACAAGAGGAUUUGUCCCCUCUAAUUUGGUAGAAGAAGUUUCAGACGACGACGUGAUGACAACUGUGCCUCCAGAGCUACGUGAUCUCCUGCAGGAUAGCGAUGAUGAAGUGAGGUUUUGCAGCAGGAGAAGAAAGAAGAAACGGAGGAAUAAAUAAAGGUCUUGACCAAGGAA